AUGACCAAAAGUAAAAUAUCUACAACCAACGCUGUAUCUGAACUGAAAUCAGCGCCACUUGUUUGUUCACAUCGGUUACUUUUGGCAAUCCUGGCAUGUUUCGGAUUUCUUCUAUGUUACGCUCAACGCAAUGGAUUUUCUGUGAGUAUCGUUUGUAUGGUUGAUCCAGAUGCAGAUAAUACAACAACACAUGCUGAUGAUUCUGUAGCUAUUCAAAGAAAUAUACCGGUAUCAUGCCAUAGUCAUACAAUAGCUAAAAGUCGAUCUCCAAGCCAAGUUUUGUUUUGGCCAAAAGGAACUCGUGGUGUUAUUCUUGGCUCAUUCUAUUGGGGCUAUGCAUUAACACAAGUCGUUUCAUCGGUGAUUGUCAAUAAAAUGGGUCCGCAACGAUUUCUUGCUUUAGUUAUAUUUAUCUCGUCACUGUCGACACUAAUGAUACCCAUUCUAUCGAAAUUUCAUCCAUCAGGUGUUGUCGUUUUACGCGUUAUUGCAGGUGCAGCUCAGGGUGGUCUUUGGCCAGCUAAUUUUCGUUUUUGGUCAACAUGGGCACCAGCAACUGAACGAACAACGCUUCUUUCAAUACCAAACUCGGGACCUUCAAUGGGUACCAUUAUUUCAUUGAUUAUGGGUGGUCUGUUUUGUACUUUUUCAUUAAAUGAUUCUAUACUAUUUCCAUUUCGUUAUGGCUGGACAUAUUUUUUCUAUCUUCUUGGUGGCCUUGGUAUUGUUUGGUCAUUUGUUUGGCUCUUUUUUGCAAGUGACACACCCGCAAAAAAUAAACAUAUAUCAGCAAAUGAAAAAGAAUAUAUUCGGGUGUGUAAAGCGGUAGAAAAACUUCAAGAUACAAAUACUAAAAUACCAUGGGUACCAAUGCUUAAAUCUCAAGGAUUUUGGUGUAUUCUUAUAACCAUGUUUUUUUCUGAUUUUGGUCUUUACGCUAUUUGGACCGUUGUUCCGGAAUAUAUGAAUGAAGUUUUAUUCUUUAGUAUUGAACAAAAUGGUCUUCUUUCAGCUUUACCACAUAUUGCCAGUUUCCUCGUUGUUAUCUCUACAGGCGGUUUAGCAGAUCAUCUAAUUAAAGCGAACUAUUUAAAACGUGUUAAUGCACGAAAAUUAUUUCAUGGUGUUGGCACAUUAGCACCAGCCAUUUGUCUUCUAUUAAUAUCAUUUCUUGAUUGCCAACAUCGUUAUUUAGCAGUUUGUUUAUUAAUCGUUGGAGUAGCAUUUAAUGGUCUGAUUAUGUCAGGCGGUUGCAUGGUUAACGUUGUAGACUUCAGUGGCGUUCAUUCGGGAGUUAUGUUUGGACUUUGUAAUACAAUAGCAAGUAUUAGUGGCUUUUGUGCUCCAUUUUUAACAAGUGUCAUCACGAAACAGAAAACAGCAGCUCAAUGGAGAAUAGCAUUUAUGCUGUAUGCUGCAUCGUUUCUUAUAUCAGCUAUUGUUUUUUCACUCUUAGCUCUUGGUGAAACUGAACCAUGGGCACGUAAUGAUGUGUACGAUGAACAAAUCAAAGGCGACCCUGGUGCUGGUGAAGAAUUAAUGGAAAUCAAUUCUAAUAAAAAUCCAGUCGCUUAG